AUUAUUGCUGUUCCUCCUGUGCGCUCUCCUGCUCUCAGUAAUACUUCCUCUCCCUGCUCUCUUGUACAUACUCCCCUUCUGCCUCAUUACCGCUCUGUGUGACUGCUGCCCCCACUGUCUGUCUCAUUAACAUUUGCCCCCUACUAUCCUGAGCACUUCUCUCUGUCACUGUUACUCUCCUUCCUUAUUAAUACUCACUUCCUAUUAAUACUCUGCAAUGUCCUUUAUUAAUGCAAUGUUCUGUGUAUCUCCGUAGCUGUUGACUUUCCGUGGCUCGGUAUAACCCUGUCUGCCUCCUGCCCCCACCCUCCCUUAUACAUGCCCCCCGCCACCCAUCUCCCACUUCGCACUCUCUCUGUUCUCCGUCCGCCUCUCUCAUUCAUUCCCUAGCAGGCUACCUGCCUGGCUCUCACCCUCUCCUCUCCCUCUUCCACAGUCGCUCUCUUCCCAUCUCUCUCUCUCGCCUGCUCCCCUAAUAUCAUUUCACUUCCCUAACCCCCCAACUCCCUUAUCUCCAUUCCCCAAUCCCUUCUCCUGCCGCCCCCUAUUACCUGACACCUUUCUCAAUAACUUCUCUCACUUGCAUCCUCCUCCGAGUCCCUAUUUCAUGGGGUGAUUACAUUUUUCUUUUGUUUUCCUGCAAUCCUCCUCUUUCUUGCUCAAGAAAAGCUAAAUCCCCAGGUUCUGCUCUCCGACAGAUACUGGGAUCCGUCCAACUUCCAGGGUUGGAGAGAAUACCUCCCCCUGUCCUUCCACUAACAGACCCCUGUGGGUUUAGGAGCUGCGAGAUCCACUUGGAAGAGGGGGCUCAGGAACCAGGUUGUGGUGGUUGUCCCACUUUUUGUUGUAAUUUUUAUUUGACAUGUAGCCAAUGAAGGGUUAAGAGCCGGGCUUAUGAUAACAACCCUUUUGUCAUUGAGUCAGGGGAAGGAAAAUAAGGAACCCAGCCUCCAGAUAGUACUGAAUCCUGCUCUCCAGUCUCUACCAGCAGCAGGAAUCUAAUGGCUGUGUGCGAAGCUCCUCUCUCUCUCUGUCUCGUGCUCACAGACGGAGGAGAGAUGAUUAACAAGAGCCUGGAUGUAGCUCAGUAUCAGCACUAAGACUCUGUGACUCAAGUGUGGAGCACCAGAAGGAAGAGGUUGGAAGGAGAAGCACUGAGUGGGCAGAGUGGAGAAGACCUCUUCUCAGUUACCUCUCCUCUCGGCAGCAUGAGGUCCAUCUGAGCAGAGGGUGACAUGGUUGGUAUGUGGGUGCUGGUGUUCCUCGCCGGUACGGUCAUCUCCCGCAGCUCCCAAGUGGACGGCAAAGUUGAAAAUCUGACCAUAGCAGUGGUUCUUCCCAAAACCAACAUUGUGUAUCCUUGGGCUUGGCCGAGGGUGGGACCGGCCAUCAACCUGGCUAUUGACCGGAUCAAUAAUGAUUCCAAUCUGCUCCCAGACCUCCAUCUCUGGAUGGUCUUUGGGAACAGCGAAAACAGGCAUGGGAAGUGUUCGGAGGCAGCUGCCCCUCUCGUGGCCGUGGACUUCCAGUUCAACUACCACCCAGAGGUGUUUGUAGGUCCUGGGUGCAUGUAUUCGGCAGCCCCAGUGGGCCGGUUCACUGGGCACUGGAAGGUCCCCCUCAUCACCGCCGGGGCCCCUGCUUACGGAUUCGGGGAGAAAGUCGAGAGCUACAGGUUUACCACCAGGACGGGGCCUAUCCACACCAAGCUGGGGCAGUUCGCUUACCACCUCCACCAACAGUACAACUGGAGCCGACGCGCCAUGGUCCUGUACGCCGAUGACAAGCAAGACGACCGCCCCUGCUAUUUCACCAUGGAGGGUCCCUUCAUGGAGCUGCCCAGAUACAACAACUUGAGCGUGGUGGAUAUGAACCUGAAGGAAAACGAGGUGACCAACUACACCGCCAUCAUCCAGGACAUCAAGCAGAAGGGACGGAUCGUCUAUACGUGCUGCUCUCCAGACAUCUUCCGCCAGCUCAUGCUACACGCACUAAAGCAUGGCCUCUGCUCCGGGGACUAUGCGUUCUUCUACAUCGAUAUCUACGGUGCCAGCCUCGAGGGCGCCAGCUUCCCUGACUUCAAACGGCCCUGGUACAGAGGAGAUGAGGAUGAUGACAAGGCGAAGGCGGCUUUUCAGGCCGUGAUGAUUAUCACUUACAGAGAGCCGGAAACCCCACAAUACAAGAUGUUCCUAGACGACCUGAGACGUUACGAUCAUAUGAACAACUUCACAAAGGAGAACACCCUGAUGAACACGGUGGCGGCUGCGUUCUACGACUCCAUCAUGCUCUACGCUCACGCAGUCAACGAGACUAGGGCCAAGGGUUACAGCAUGAAGAACGCCUCGGCGGUCACCCAACACAUGUGGAACAGAACCUUUAACGGGGUGUCUGGCUUCAUGACGAUCGAUGACAACGGUGACCGGGACAAUGACUACUCCCUGUGGGACUUGUCUGUCACCAGUGGCAACUUCCAGAUUGUGGCUAACUACAACGGAACCUUAAAGGCCAUCAUCAAAGUUCCUGGCCGAGAGAUCCACUGGCCGGGCAAAGGGGUCCCAAAGGACGUUCCUCACUGCGGGUUUGAUGGCAACAACCCAGAGUGCAUAAUACCCAGCUUCUCCUUCCUGGAGGUGACGUCCAUCGUGAUCUGCUUCAUCCUGCUGGUCAUCGCCGUCUCCUCCAUCUUCAUAUACAGGAAGCUGCGUCUGGAGAAGGAGUUAGCGGCAGAGCUGUGGAAAGUGCGAUGGGAGGACAUCCAGACCAGCAACAUGGAGAAGAAUCUGCGCAGGGCGGGCAGCAAACUCACCUUAUCAUUGAGGGGCUCCAACUACGGCUCCCUGCUCACCACGGAGGGCCAGUUUCAGAUCUACGCCAGGACGGCCUAUUACAAGGGGAACGUGGUCGCUGUGAAGUACAUAAACCGCAAGCGGAUUGAACUGACGCGCAUGGUCCUGUUUGAGCUGAAACAUAUGAGGGAUGUACAGAAUGAACACCUGACGCGUUUCGUGGGGGCCUGCAUAGAACCGCCCAACAUCUGUAUCCUGACCGAGUACUGUCCCAGAGGAAGCCUUCAGGACAUCCUGGAGAACGAGAGCAUUACCCUAGACUGGAUGUUCAGAUACUCACUAAUUAAUGACAUUGUAAAGGGAAUGCUCUUCCUACACAACAGUGUCAUUAUGUCCCAUGGGAGCCUGAAGUCAUCAAACUGCGUGGUGGACAGUCGCUUUGUGCUGAAGAUCACGGAUUAUGGAUUGGCCAGUUUCCGCUGUGCUAUAGACACUGAGGACUCUCACGCUUUCUUUGCUAAAAAACUGUGGACCUCCCCUGAGCUGCUGCGGAUGGAAUGCCCUACGCCCCAGGGUACUCAGAAAGGAGAUGUCUACAGCUUUGGCAUCAUUCUGCAGGAGAUUGCGCUGAGAAAUGGGGUGUUCUACAUGGACAGCGGGGACUACAGCCCCAAAGAGAUUAUAGAGAGAGUGAGAAGCCACGAGAAGCCAAAUUUCCGCCCCUCCACCAACCUGUACUGCCACAUCCAGGAGCUGGGCAUUCUCAUGCAGCGCUGCUGGGCCGAGGACCCCCUGGAUAGGCCAGACUUCCACCAGAUUAAAGUCCUGCUUCGCAAAUUCAACAGGGAGAACAGCUCCAACAUCCUGGAUAACCUCCUGUCCCGUAUGGAGCAAUACGCCAAUAACCUGGAGGAGCUUGUGGAGGACAGGACGCAGGCCUACUUGGAGGAGAAGCGUAAGGCGGAAGCCCUCCUGUACCAGAUCCUGCCUCACUCCGUUGCCGAGCAGCUGAAGAGGGGGGAGACCGUCCAAGCAGAAGCCUUUGAUAGUGUUACCAUUUACUUCAGUGACAUCGUGGGGUUCACAGCCUUGUCUGCAGAGAGCACCCCCAUGCAGGUGGUCACUCUGCUGAACGAUCUGUACACCUGCUUCGACGCCAUCAUAGACAACUUUGAUGUGUACAAGGUGGAGACGAUAGGUGACGCCUACAUGGUUGUGUCAGGGCUACCAGUUCGCAACGGGAAGCUCCACGCCCACGAGAUCGCGCGCAUGUCUCUCGCUCUCCUGGACGCUGUCAAGACCUUUAAAAUCCGCCAUCGCCCCGAUCAACAGCUCCGGCUUCGGAUUGGAAUUCACACUGGUCCUGUCUGUGCUGGUGUGGUGGGCUUGAAGAUGCCCCGAUACUGUCUAUUUGGAGACACUGUGAACACAGCAUCACGUAUGGAAUCUAAUGGAGAAGCACUGAAGAUCCACGUCUCCCCGGCUACACGGAAUGUCUUAGAGGAGUUCAGCUGCUUCGAGUUGGAUUUGCGAGGGGAUGUGGAGAUGAAGGGCAAAGGCAAAGUGCGGACCUACUGGCUAUUGGGUGAAAGGAGCAGCGUCAUCCAUGGGUGACCCCGCACUUACCUUGACAGGGGAUAUGUGACUGGGGGUUACCCCUAAUUCCCAACACGUGUGUGUAUACCUCUGGGAUGUGACUAGCACAAGACUCCACCUCUCAGUGCUCCGACUGACCUUGACAUUAAAGGGGGUGGGUGGAGUCACCUCCACAACGUGGACCAAAGGGGAGAAGUCUGACAUUCCUCAACCCAGCCAUCAAACGUAGUCAUGUAGUCCAGCACACGCAACAGUGUGGUGAUCAGGACUCCUUCAUGGAACCGAGCACUGGGCACUGUGGGCACCCUGCAGAUAGACAUUGGAGAAGGUUGUCCAAUAUAUUUGUCAUCUUCUCAUCUACGACGACCAGACGCCCUCAGUCUGUAGUGUAAUAUAGAACGUCAUGCCAUGCAGGAUAAGAUUAAGGCUUAAUUACCUGGAGAGAUAAGUGCAAAUACCGCUGGAUACCUUGAUUAUGGACAUAUGAUAGUAGUAAUAGGGGGCAUUCGGUGGACUGUGCGACCUGAAAGCAUGCAAAAGUUUAGCUAUCUCCCAUAGCGUUCUUACAUAGAAAACAUACGUGCAGUGUGUCACUUCUAUUGAGGUGGGAGUAGCAGAUAAGUGCACCACCAACUACCUGCUCUUUGGUCUGCUAGAAAACCACACCGAUGAUUUCAUCCAAACGCCAGCACUGGUGUCCAAGGGUUGCCCAUUGCUUAGAGAUAAUUAAGCCUUGACUUAUUUUGGAUUUUCGUCUUGACUUUUGUGAGGGUACAAGUGACUGAGGAAGCCACAUGCCCCUCUGCCAAAAGAUUCAGGAUACAAGGAAUACGCGGCUCGGCCUCCAGUGCCCGAAAAACGUUCUCUGUUUAUGGGCGACAAAUGUGAAAUGGACAUUCUUAUUUUACUGCUAUAAAUAUUUCUAAAUUCUUAA